AUGGGUAGCCUAGCUCAGGAGCAACAAGCAGGAAGUAAAGAGCCACAGAGCAGAAGCAGAGAGCAGGCGAUAUUGCUCGAGAGGAAGGUAGGUGGCAACGGUGGCAACAUCGACAUAGCAGAAGUGAAAGCAUGCUGCUUAUAUGCACCGCACAGCAUUUGGCCGCUGCUAUGUUAUUGGCUGUCAUAA